UCUUUUCGCGCUCAUUUUCAUCACCAUCGUCUUCCCCAAUCAAAUUGAAACAGUUUUCUCUCUCUAAACUCUCAGAGGAGUUUCUCUCUCUAGACUUUUGUGUGUGGAUUCUUCAUGACUGCGAAGUGAAGGUAAAUAACGAUAAAAUGUCGACGAUAGAGAAGCUUUGUGUUCAGAUCUUCGAGAGGAAAUCGUGGAUAAUCGACCAGGUCAGGCAACAGACGCUUCUCUUUGACAAACAUCUCGCUUCUAAACUUCUUAUUGAAGGACUCGCUCCUCCGCCUUGGUUCUGGAACUCAGAUUACACUGAGUUGAAUGGUGAAGACAUCAUUUCGGGUGUUCUUCUAUCACGUCCACGGUCUGUAAUCCCAUUUUCAUAUAGUCAUUGCUCAGUGUAUGAGAAGCCAAUUGUGGAAGCUACAAAUGAGGAACACCCAAAUGGUUCGUGCUCAAAAGUAUCUAUGGAAAGUAGAGAAUUGGGUGGUUGGAAUUGUGCUAGACGGGCUUCAGUUUGUGUGGAAAGUAAAGUAUGUGAUGAUUUUGAUCAUGCUGGAUGUGCUUCAGUUGGUGUUUCUACGUUAGAUCACUGUAAUACAUUCGUUAAAGAUCGGAUAAACGAGGGUGAGGAUGAUAGUAUUACCUCUCCUCAAGAUCAGACAGAUACAAGAUUGGCAGAAGUUAGCCAUGAGGCGGCUCUAUCGCUGGCUAAGAUUCAAAGAUCAAAAUCAAGGCAGAAGGCUCUUGAGCUUCGGACUGGUUCCAAAACAGCUAAAACCAGAUUAAAGCAUGCCAAUAAUUUCAGUGGAAGAAUUCCCAUUUCUUUCCUUGAGGAUGACCUUAACAACAAUUGCACUGUGGAAGGUGUUAAACUAAGUGAUCCUUGUCGCAAGGAGAAUGAAAGCACCAUGAAUUCUACUAAAAGCUCGAAAAGGCAACAGAGCUCUUUGAAUGCCGGUUGUUCAUCAAAUUUUGUUGGAGAAGAUGGCAUUGUAUUUACAGAUUCUAUUGGCCCCUUAAUUCAGCAAUCUAGCCUGGGGAACCAGGAGCAAAGAGAAGUUAAAGUUGGGGAAAACAGGAUCAAUGAGAAAGGAAGGGACUCAUCUAAUAAUGUUAUCAGGGAGGAUGGAGCUGCAGUUACACAACAGUCUAAUCAGCUUCCAAUGUCUGUUAAUCAUUUUUCAAGUCAUUACAAUAAUUGCAUAACAGCAGAAGCUGAUGUGAUAGCCUCCAGAUUCAAGGGGGUUACUGCUCAUUCUGUUGAUAAGGAUAGAGAGGGGAGAUCGUUAGAAACAAGCUCUCCACACUUAUCUGAAUCUGCAGGUGUAAUAGAUGAAGGAAUGUUUGAGAAUCACCAGGAAAAUCUUAACUUAUCGUUGGAUGAAAGGGAAGUUUUAAGCCAAGAAAUCUGUGUGGAGGAUGCAGUAGAUGAAGAUGCUGUCUCAGCAGUUCAAGGAACACCUCGUGCUGAGAAGAGUGUUGCUAUUCAGACAUUGCAGCAUUGUUACAAAAGUUCCAAAGAGAAAUAUUCUUUGAGAGAUCCUUUGGUUUCCUUACAAGUAGUCGGGGAAAGUUCGCAUGGCAGUGGGCUGAAAGAGAUAUCAAGUUCCAAAAUCUCCAAUGUUAAUGAGACAAAGACCACAACACCAGUGAUAGUAAUUCCCUGUUCUAUUUCCAAGGAUGAAACUGAAAAUUCAAAAAAUUCUCAGUUUUGUACUCAUGAUGCCACUGAUGUUGGUCUUUCUCAAUCAACUGAAAGGGAAAUUGCAGCAAAGUCCACAGCAAAAACCAGUUUCGAUGCCUUGCUUGAGGGUUCAACUCGGAAUAAACGAAGGAGUGGUUCUUCAGAUACCCUGCUUGCUUUGCCAGGUGAAAAAGAAAUUGCAGUUUUUCUUGUCAACAAGGAUUCUAAAGAUCAUGGUCUGAAACAUGUCCUAGACUCCCAAGACCUUCAAAGUCCUCAAGGCAAUAUUCAAUUAGAUAUCAGUAAGGGUCAAAUUGGAGAGAUACCUCAAAAUGAGGAGAGUGGCAUGCUAAAAGGGUCUAAAUCUUCACUAAAGCUUCUAGAUCAAGAGGAUGAUUGUAAUAUGAAAGAUAGGGAUUUAAGUGCAACUACUCCCUACACUUCUGCUGAUGAAGAAUCGGAAUCAUACCAUGUUUCAAGUGUGCUCAGAAAGUCUUCUGGAGCCUUGGGAAAGGAGGAAGCAAGAGUGGAAGAUCUAAGUAAAGAUAUCUUUGAUGAAAUCUCACAAAGAACAUUAGAAGAGAAUCAACUUUCAUACCAUCUCGAAGAUAACUUUCAACUUAGGAAUACUGAUUCUUUGACUUAUAGUGAUUCCUUGCACUUGACUGGUGCUGAUGAGACAAUGCAUGUGCUUGAGAGUUUCAUUUUUCAAUCAGACGAUGAACAAUCAUGCUUUGCUGAUGAGGGAAUCAAUUUUGACAAGUUGAGCCUUCCGAAGACUUCAAUUGAACGCGCUAGCAUUCUAGAGCAGCUUUGCAGGUCUGUUUGCUUGCAAACUCCAGUAUCCUGUUCUUCAACUUUCUAUGGAUUAGACAAGAUUUCAAAUCUAUACCAAUCUGUUCCAACUGGGCUUCUAGAGGGCAUGGAUAAGCCAGUGGAUGAUAAUGAUCGUAUGACUGAAGUCUUUAACUGUGCUUUUGAAGGAAGAACAUAUUCAGAUUGUCUUUCCAAUACAUCCAAUCAAUGUGAAUGGGACAUAAAGAAACCUUGUAUGUCUCCAGUUCGAAAAGGCUGGGACAGAAUCAUAUCCAAAUCAGAUAGCUCUGAGAAUCGAAUGAGCUUAAUACCCGAACUUCCAUGCAUUUGUGAGGAAAAUGAGAAUGUAGAUGAGGUAGCUGAGACUUACCAAGAAGGCAUUGUUUCAGAAAUCCAUACAAGCUCAGCAAAAAGAGAACCACUUGCUGAAAUUAUUGCAAACCUUGUUGAAUCUGAAACUGAGCCACAUAUUGAUAGAAGUAGUUUAGAUUCAGUUAACACAGAAUUCAGCUUCAAUGGAACUCAGAAGAGGUCAAGAAAAAAUAUUGGAAAUGGAACAGGCAGUAAGAGAAGAUACAUUAAUAAGGAGAAUCAUAGCAUGUUAAUGGGAGCAACUGCUUCUAAGGGAAAAACUAGAUUAAUUCGCAAUCAGUUUAGUAAGCCAAACGUAUCAACAAGAGCCAGUUCAAGGAGAGGAGGUCCAAGUUUGACUGUGACAGAACCUAAGCCUAGCAAUGUCAUAUCAAAUAUUACUUCCUUUAUUCCACUUGUUCAACAAAAACAAGCAGUUGCAGCUAUAACAGGAAAGAGAGAUGUCAAAGUAAAGGCUCUGGAGGCUGCUGAAGCUGCAAAGCGUCUUGCAGAAAAGAAAGACAAUGAACGAAAGGCUAAGAAGGAAGCCAUGAAGCUCGAGCGAGUAAGGCUCGAGCAAGAAAAUCUGAGGCGUUUGGCACUGCAGAAGAAACAGAAAGAAGUGGAAAAGAAGAUAAAAGAGGCUGGUAUGGCAGCAAAGAAAAGGCAAAGGGAAAAAGAAGAGAGGAAAGAAAAGCAAAGGAAACGGAUGCGUGGUGAGGAAACAAGAAAGCAAAAGUUGCAUACACAAAAGCAAGACAAAGAUGCCAAAUACAGAACCAUGGAUGAUAAAGGACAUGACAUUAAGGAAUCUAAAAGAAGGAAUCAUAAAAAGAUGGAACAGAAAAAUGAAGAUGAUAAUCUCCAGAGAGUUUCAAAAGCUGAACAUGCAGCUACACAAGCAUCAACAAUUGAUGAUAGAGGACCAAGCAUUGUACAUGAAGAUAAUGGGGUCUCAAGUGAUCUUGUGAAAUCUCUGAAGGUGAACAAUUUAGACAAUCCAACACGAACUGAAAACUUGUUUGCCACAGCAAAUCUAGAAAAGUCAUAUGAUAUUUCUCCAUACAAAUGUUCAGAUGAUGAAGAGGAAGAAGAUGAUGUACCCAACACAAAAUUUGUUCCUUCAUGGGCUCGAAAAUCUAGCGUGGCUCUGAUUGUUUCCUCACAAGAAAGAGUGGAUCCACUGACCAUAUUCCCCCCAGAAAGCUUUUGCAGUAUAGAUGAAGUUGUUUUGCCAAUGAAGAUUUAAAUUAAGACAGAUUCCCAGAGAAAAUUUUGUAAAUGAAGAUUCUGUACAUGUUGUAGAUAUACCAAGAGCUUCUCUUUCCACAUUUCUAAAUUAUGGACUCUGAAACCAAUAUUAAUCCAGGUAAAAAUGCCCCUUAACUUAUUGUUAGUUCUUCUAGCUUUGAAUCUGUACCUGUAUAAUGUAUAUAUUGAGAUGAUUUGAUCUGAUAGGGAACACUUUGAAUGAUUUUUUUUCCCUCAAGAAUUACUUGACUUAUUCUUUGAGGCCAACAAUAAUGUGAUCUUAUUUGUUCCCAAAAAAUUUGGCCAAAUGUUGGAAAAAUCAAAUCUUUCCAUGUUGGUUUGUUUACUACCAAACAUAGCAUAAAUGCUACUUAACUGAGUACUCUAUUUUCAAAACUUGUUUAUUCAUAAUAUUGAAGAAACUCAUUCCAUUCCA